CUACUUUCCAAGCAGCACACACAACCAGUUGACGCUGGGGCACACUCGCAUACACACUUUUUUUUCUUCCUGUCACACAAACACUGGAGAAAAAGGGCACCAAUUAUAUUUCACUGCUGCCUGAGCAGUCACACACAACCUUCUUUUCCUCCAAUUGAAUUGUUCUUCACACACGCACACACCGUGCAGCAAGCAUCGUUUGUGUAAAAGUCAAAAAAUCAAUUUCGGACGCAAGGAUUGAAAAAUCGACUUAGACAAAGAUGUAAAGUAUGCAGUUGCUAAUAAGUGCUAGAACUGGCUUGCACAGCGUGCGCUACCAAACACAACCAUCACCAACACUGCCGCCAGUGAAGUGAAACGUUCCGGUUCCCUUUGCUACGGUGGAGCCUCGCACCAUCAGCCAUCGUCUAGGAUUGCAUGCGUUGUUAAAUGAGUCUCCCGUCACGCAAUGCCCAGCCUGGUGUAACUCAUCAAAGAUGAUAGUGAGUUUCUUCCCCGACAGUGUCUGGGGAUGUACAGUGAAGCAGCAUCAAAAGCAGAAACACCUCCUGUACCAUAAGAUCAUCUACACCCUCAUUAGCGAUAAGUACAAAAACCGAAUCCUGCGCAAGUCAUCCUUUGCGCUGCUCUAUCUGUCGUACGUGUUUAUCAAGAUGCUUCCGGUGACGCUCGCGAUCGAAACGCAUACCGGCACCAAAUCGAUCACCUCGCUUGCAGUAAAGACACGCCCGCUGCCAGAAAUGGUCGCACCACCACUCGACGAUGAGGACGACGACUACUUUGAUGACUACGUUGAUGAGUACGACAUAGUAAACAAUAAAUCGGCGAAGGGAAUGUACGUCGGGGCACCGUGCGAGUUUACGUGCCACGCCAAGCUACAUCACGUGUACUGUGAUCCUACGACUAACACCUGCAGCUGCGAGAAAGAUUACGUCGUGCUGAUUGGAAUACUGAAAGGAUGUGCCAAGCCCAAAAAACUUGGGGAACAAUGCUUCUACCAUCAGACUUGCAUCUACAAUGACGAGCACGCGAUGUGCGUGCAGAUCGUCCACAAUGCCAUCUGUCAAUGUGCGCCCGGUUUCCACUCCGUUAGCUAUUCGAAGCCAACGAAACGUGUCUUCUGCACACAAGACAUGGCCACCAUAACUGCGGAUCUUCCGACGCUGUUCGGUGUCACGAGCGGCAUUGCCGUGCUGGCGGGGCUCAUUUGCAUGGUGCUGCAUUUAUUUAGCAAAACAAAAUAUCCUCGACCUAGGCAUUUCGGCGAUGCGAACCUCGCACCGCCCAUACUCUUUUCCAGUGAUACAGGGAUACCAUUGACAAUACAGUCGGCAAGACCGUCAUCUCGUUCCAGUCAGCGCUCGAGCGGUUCCAUCGGUUCCUAUGGCAAUCGGCGAUCGUCCAGUGCGCCGCUGCACGGCUCCAAAGGGGUCCUGGUGUCGACCUCCCGUACAGGUUCCCGAAGACCCAGUCUAGCUUCCGUGCAUAGCACCAGUUCGUCCGUGCGGAGCUACAGCAUGCGUCGGUUUGAGCAGGAGAUUCAGCAGAAGGAGUUGCGGCAGGAGAUGAAGCGGCACCUGGCACGGCUCCAGGAGCAGCAGCAGUUACAGAAGAUCAAACCCAACAUCAUCAUCGGUGAUGUGAUAUCGUGCCCUAUGAACAAACCGAUACUGACAACCCCCAGUCCGAUGACUCCGAACUCGGUCGACGACAUACUACCGUCGGUGGACGAGACGCAGGAGUUCUCGCCCAACCUUAGCCAACGAUCGGUGAGCGAUAGUACGGGCGGAUGUUUUGACGGACCGUGUAGCUCUACGGAAUUGUUGAAAUAGUGGAUGCACUUUAGGCAAGGUGAUUGUAGGCAAAUGUUAUAUAGCAGCCCAUUUUAUGGAAAUUUUUAGACGGAUAAGUAAAACAAACAAACAAAACACCCCCGAAUAAGCAACCGAAUCCUAGAUGAAUCGGGCGUGGCGCAAAUGGUGGCAAACGUGAGCACUACAUGAUGGUCACGGAACUUUAUCUGCCCUCGCCUGCCGAAUGGAAAACUUCCCCGAGCCGCUAAGAACAUGCUGGAACGCGCGCUUGGGGACGUAGUCGGCGAACCAAAACGGAUCAAGUAAAAGAAGCUGUAACUAAAUCAAAACGUUCAUCGGGACGUUGGCUGUAUCGGUGCACGUGUCUCACCGCAAAUCGGUUGAAAUUGUGUGAUCUUUUCCUUGCAUUCCAUUCUGUUGUGAGCUGUUACCGCAAAGCAAUAAUAGGAUACAGAGAGACGGUACACGGUCCUCAGUAUGCACGCGACAUUGCGACCGUACUUGUUUCUUUCAGUAACCAAUAAUCAGCAACACCAAAACGCAUCGCUAACCUUAUAUUUUCUCACUUUUGUUAGGGAACGAACGAUCGGAAAAUUAUCCAAUUUGUUAUUAUUAUGUGACAUUUAAAGCUAAUUUACACUAGCGGUAGUUAAGUUUAAAUCGAGAUCACAUUUUACACACCUAAUCCAGUGUCACAGCAGCAAAGGAAUACGGCCUCAGCAAACGUGUGCUUCGGUGUGCGACAGCACCAUUGGCGCAUCAUUCUUAUGACUACCUUCAGCACGAACAUAGCAGCAAAAUGCGCUAGUUUCGGUGAGUCGCUAUAUUAUGGGCAAGCCAUACUUUGUAAUACCAACCUAUAUCACAAAACGCUCCAAUAAGACAUACAAGACACGCACACAGAUUACAGAACACUAUUACGAUAAAAGCCCUUACUAAUGUUGCAACAGUUAUUGCCAGUAGCCUUUGACCAGUCAGACGCGCACGCGAGUUGUGCGGUAAUGUUUUUUAAAUUCAUCUAUUCAAACCAGUUUCAAACCAUUUUUGUAAACAACCGUAUUUCGAUUUGCAUACGAUUUCAGCUAAAUCUCUAGUAAGACAAAACUACUUAAAAGCAAAGCAAUUUGAUUCCAAGUUUUCAAUAGUAUUUUUACGUAGACAACAAAAAACGCAAGGUCUAUAAGGUAAAAACAAACCCAGUCAGUAGCAGCAGCAGCAGCAGUAGCAGCGAAUUGCAGCUGAAUCAAAAAAUCGGAAACUAUGUUGGGUGUGCAACCUAUAUACGAAUGAUACAUCGCUAUUGUACACCGGUACGGUGAGCCGAAACCGACACGCGGCAAAUAUAAACCGAAAGCAGAAAGCAGAAACCCAGUAAAAUUAGCACGUUCAUGUUGACUUAAAUGUUGUAUUAAUGUUAAGACAAGUAAUAAACAUCAACGGGAUUAUUCGUGCUCAGCCUUAGGCAUAACAUAUAAACUGAUAAGGAUUCUCAGGAUCAGGAUUUGUUUGGUUCUGGGAGAAAACUGAAGAAAGACGAGCUAUAACAUCGGACAGGCGGUCGGGAGGAGUCUACGGAACUGUUUCUGCUGGACUUCGACUCGAGCACUGGUCGAGUAAUGGGGGGAAAGGGAAGAGGAUAAGCGUGACGAUACAGUGAGGUGGAUGAAUUGAUUAAGAAAUAAUUCUAAAAUACAAAACCAUUACUUUAUACAAGUAGCGUGUAGCGUGUAAGGCGAACUGUUCUGUUGACGUGGAAUGUGAUGAUGAUGAUAAAGGAUGUAGACAAACAAAAAUGCAUUGUACUCUAGCUCUUAACUUUCCCAUGUGCGGCAAAUGCUAUCCAAGCGAUUCGUGUAUCCAAGCUGUCGUAUUUAGUGCCCUGUUGGUGAAAGAUGCAGAUUUUUCAAAUUCCUUUUUCGAUGUCGUUUGUUUUUUUUUUAUGUUUAAUUCAUCCUACAAACGAUUUGACUACAGUACUAUUUGAUUUUUACACUGAGGUGUUACGUUUGAAUUGUGAUCGAAAGAGAAUGUCUCUCGGCUGCCGUUUAAUCAGUUGAAUCAAUGAACUUUGACGGACAAAAAUCCAAAUUCUUUGUUUUGUAGAAUACGCAUAGUCAUUAGACCCUUCAUGAUUUUAUUUUCGGAGCCAGUCUUUAUCAUUGGAGGACGCUCCGGAUCGUAAAAAGUAUAAAAGUCUUGUCUUGCAAAAGUGUUUGUCGUUCCAGUUUAACAAACAUUUGAAAAAUUCAAAUCGAUAAAGUCAACAUUUUAUGAUGUAAUUUUGAAAUGAGAAAUUUUGAAAUUUUAAGCUUACUUUUUUAUUUGAAACUUGAAUAAUGAAUUGUGUUUGCAUAAUUCGCAUACGCAAUCGACAGCAACCGAUUUCUAGAGGACAAUCAGCAAGAGGUCUUUCCGUUCUUAUACAUUUAUUCCUUUAUGGUUAUACCUUAUAUGAAAUGGUUUGCAUUUGAUAGUGAAUCAGUCAGCCUAAUUUUUAAUUUAUUGUGAUUUUUCUCAUCGCAACAAAUAUUGAUUAUACAUGACAGUUGUUUUUUUUUUAAAUUCCAUCAAUUAAUUCUUUUGUUGAAAAUGAGGCGUGACGUACAUUCUUCUUCGAUCAUAUUUUCAACGUUACAACUUAUUUAUAUCACAUCUCUCUCAAUAAGUCAUCAGGCUAACGCAGUUCUAACAAUUUUAGAAAAAUACUCUAAUAAAUUAACUGUUGGACUAGUAUGUUUUAUUUUAAUUAAGUCAAUAUCAAAGCUACGAAUUUAAACUAAACUUGUAUUUUUUUAACAUACAUACACAUUUUGAAGUUUUAUAAAAAUCUUGUAUUUUUUGUUCGUUAUUGUAAGUAUUUAAAGAACUUCGAUACGUUAGAGAUAAAAAUCCACAAAUUGAUACAAAAAGAUGUCUAAAUAGGCAAACUAGAGAUAGCAGAAGCUUUGGAUAAAGAAAUAAUUCAUGUACAAAUUGGAGUUUCUUUAUAAAAAUAUGAUUGUGAUAAUUAUGAUACAAUGUCAAUGGAUGUUGAAUUAAAUAUUUUAUAAUUUCAUGCAAUGCAAAGUACCAUGUGUCUUUAUUCGGAAGGUAAUAGUAGCUGCCUUUUCUGAUGAAUGUCAUAAUAAUGUAUCAUAUUGUUGUAUGGUUUAUUGCGAAUGAGAGUCCCAACCAAAAACUACAACGCUUUGAGUUCAAAAAAAUGUUAAAACUGUGUUAGAUCGGUUACAUAUGGAGUGAAGAUUACGUUUACUUUCGAUUUGAUUCCUACCUAUUGAUUGACCAGUAAAGCUAACACAAAAUGUUUUGCUGAAUUGUUCGGAAUUGAUUACAGCAUCUUACACUCUAGCAGUACGCUUCUCGGUGAGCCUCAUAACAAUUAGCCUCACUUAAACUGCUUUCCACAUUACUAGUUGUGAACAUUACACAAUCGCCAUGGAUAUCAUUUUGCUUUCUUUCCAACCAACUCUUCCGUAUGUACAAAAAUGUUAAAUGUUUUUUGGGGGAGCGGGCGUACACAUUACAUACCUUAAAUCUUCCCUCUCUUCGUUCUCUCCCGUGCUUGCGGAGUGUGUGUAUGUUGGAGUAUAUUUUAAAUUAGGACAGAUUAAAUUAAAACAGCAAGUUAAUAAAUGAAAAAAAAAAACAAGAAUAUUUUCGAGGAGGGUGGACAAAAAAUUCGAACCAAUUAAAUAGCAAGAGAAGGUUUAAAGAUACAAAAGUUUACUCCACUUAAAGUCAAACUUUGAUUACCAUUCAUGUUUUAUCUCGGUUCUUGAACCUAUUUAAAUGGCGUUGGUUAAACAGUGUAUGGAAACCGAGAAGAAUCAGCUAGAGAAGUAAACAGAAUGAACAAACCCCUUUCUAUACACGUCAAAUGCAUUGAUAUUAUAACUUUAAUAUUGAAAAUAGACUGAUAUAUCUAUAGACGAGUCGAGGAUACAUCACCGUACACCAGAAGCGCAGACCAGAAAACUUAAACGUGCAGAAAUGAAUGAAACAAAAAGAAAAGACAAAACAACCCCUGUUAAAAACGACCACUCCAGCAAGAUCUUUGGACAGGAAUGGAAACAAAGUACUAAUCAAACAUCCUCCCAGGCUACUGGUAGAAGCAAGUUAAAAGAGUUGUCAGCAGGAAACAAACUUUGUGUCGUGCUUGAUCGCGCAGCAUCGAUAACCGUUAUUGCGCUUCUUUUCGUUUAGGCGAAGCUAUCGCAAACUCGUCGUUGUUAGCUGUGUUGUUUGGGCACACGCUGCAUACUACGAUACAACAUGGUUAUGGAACAACAUUCUCGGAUGGACAGCUUCUUGGUGAGCAAAACUGUACCCCAUAGUCCCCCGGGAAGUUAGUUAUGCUUCGCCGCAUCCACAACCGGUGCGGAUCCGUGCGGACGGUUUGGGGUGCGCGCAGUCCGGUGCUUUCUUAUCGCUUGCGCAAAGCUCGUUUAAAAAAGCUUCAGUGUGCCCACGUGUCUUGCAGAUGCAUGAGAAAGCAUUGCUUUGGUAUUGUGUUAGGGUACUCACUUGUUUAAAUCGCUUCAUAAUGGAAUACAGACACCCACGGUCACAUGCCGAUCUACACAAUAGCCCUGGAAUCUGAUAGGUAUGAAAAUCUGAGCGCGCGCUGACUCAAACAAAAAAUAGAACAAAAAAAAACAAGUUCACUCAGCAAAUUGAAAAUAAAACAAACAAAACCCCGUAAUAUGUACUAAACCCCUCACCAACAGGAAAACACAGCGAAAACCAGUGAUUGAACCAGUAAUUGUUUUAGGCCUGUACGACAAGGAAUGAAUAAAAUGAUUUUUGUUUAACAGUUUUCA